GGGCAUGAAGACUGGAGCAAGGGGCUCCGGAACCCGAUCCGCCAGCUAAGCACAACGCGGGGUGCUCAGAUCGACCAGUACAUAAUAAAAGGCUAGCACUGGUCGCGCACGCGACAGCAGCCCUUUGGCGCGUCUAUCUGGUUGUGGAAGAGAAUAAACAUUGAAGUUGUUGAUCGCCGAUGUCAACCGUCUCCGUCCUGCUGCAAGAGCUGAGAGCUCCUCCCUAGAAGGGCUGGGCUAGAAGCUUUGUCCGCCAGUAGGGGCAUUCACUGGAAAAUGGGAUCCUCUGAUUAAACUUUUCAUGAAACUGGUGAAUGUCGAAUACCUAAAUAUAUUGUUCAUGCGUCGUCGAACGGACUUGAUCUUGAAGGCACUGACUUUAAAAUUAGAAUUGGUCUGUGAGUGUGGCAAAAUCCAUACAAUAAUAGAUGAUCAAUCUUUGAAAACAUUCACAAGGCUUAUGAAAGGUCUUGGUAUUUGCGUUGUGGUGAUCAGUUACUCAUUCUGGGAUAUCGAUCCUCUACAAAGCGGCUGCCAAGGUAGGACGCGGAAAAGUCUGCGCGAAUGCUUCCUAGAAUCAUUCACCAAUACUGGAAACUGGAAAGUUUCCGCUGGGUUGCGAUGGCGGCCGAUCAUGUCGAUCAUCGUCCCUUCGAGACUGGUCCUAUAUCUCCGUUAAAACUUCCCCCAAAGCCACCAACGGUAUACGGAGGAGGGGGCGACCAGCGCCUCCAAAAAGCCACAGCGUCACUGCCAGUGUAACCCUACCAUUGAAUAGGACCUUCCUCGUCCCUGU